CGCAAGAAAAGAAGAAGAAGGGCCGCUUCCCUCUCUCUCAACAUCACUCGACCUCCAAUUCCCGAGUCGACGCCCCGUCGAGCGCGAUCGAUUUGCGUCGCGUGCACGGAUUCCUCAGACGAUCGAAGAAUUUGCGGUCCUGAAGGGGGUAAGCAUGAAGAAAAUGGACAGGAGUGGAGGUAGACAGGGAAAAGGGCAGGUACGCAAGGUUGGAAGCAUAAUGCAGUCGCUGCCUUCGCAGACACAGGUGUUUAUGAACGAGUGGUGGCUGGUCAAUGCUAAUGGAAAGGGUUUAGCUGUUGGAGGGUUUGCUCAUAGAGACAGUGAAAGAGUAAGCCUUUUUUGCUCUGCACCAAUUGUGAAGAGGCAUGAUACUACCACCUUUGAGACAGCAGAUGGCAUGACAAUUAUGGUUGGUGGUCUAAUCAACCAGCUACGCACUCUGGAAAAUGGAUUUUCCUCGAAGGUUUGCAACAAAUUCCUGCUUGGAUUUCCAUAUGACUGGGCAGAGUAUUCAACUUCCUGCUAUGGCGAAGACUGUGGUGUCCAAGCUGGUUCAGUUAAGGCUACAGCUUCUGAGAAAACUGACUCCCAGUCAAGAAGCACUGCAAAUUACUUUGAGGCAACUUCUCUUGAUGAGGUUACUGUACCAAAGUUACGCGAUUUAUAUAGUCUCGGUUAUCUUGAUGAUUCUUUCUUGAUGAAGAAAAUAUAUGAUGAUGUUGUGGGCAUGUUGGGAAGUGGUGCUGAGCAUGAUGGAGAAUAUCUUCAUUCAAGCAGAAAAAGUGGUCCCAGUACGGCGGCCAAAAGCCAAAUUAAUGAUGCUCAAAAUAAUAAAAAGAAAUCAAAGGAGGAUGGGUUGUGCAAACACAAUGAGGACAUCUUGUCUGCAAGAAAAACUGUGAAGAAAGUAAACCAUAAAAGCGGUCGUCAAUUGAGGGCUUAUGUUCGCAGACAAAGGGAAGGUGUUUCAACUAGAAGCAUGACUAGAUUCACUGGGCUUAAAAAUUAAUAAAGGUAUAAACAGGCCAUAUGUGCGGUUCAGACGAAUAACACAUAUCCAGUAUCAUGACACACCAAGUUGUUUGGGGCAUUCACCUGGAUUUUGGAUUUCCCUAUAAAAGAUGGCGUACGGCAUCUCUUCUGCUUCUGAAGAAAAAGAAGCUCUGCAACCUCCCAUAGCUACACUUUCAUCAUCUGAACAGACUUGAGGUUUUCCUUCUCCCAUCGUACAACUCCAUGGCGCUUUCAAUUCUGCUUUGCCUAAUAAAUGCGGGUGCAAUGGAGACCCAGGCAUUGCCUCCAGUGUUGAGGGUGCAAUUAAAAGGUUGUGCCAAGUGAAGUAAUCACGAAACUGUAUUUUGGAUUUUGUGUCUAGAAAGUUUCUGCGCAGAAUGUAAAUGUGAUGGGCCCAGCAAUUCUUCCAAAGUGCAGGAGUUAUUGAGGGGAAUUUUGCGGAGGCACCAAGAGGGGCUCUGUUUAUGAAAGUAUGGUUAAGUCAUCUUUUUUGGAUUUUGAUGGAGGUGGGGAUUUACUUGGUAAAGACAAAGUAUGGCAGAAUCUGUUGGAAAUUAAAAAGAAGCAGUUGUUUAAUGGUCUCGAAGUUGGGUCAAUAUUCUCUAAUAAUGAUGUGAUAGGAGGUGCUACUAAUGGGGUUAAAAAACUUCUAGGAAGUACUGUUUACUUGUGCAAGAUGGGAGGCAAUACCCAAAUCGAUGGUUCUCUUGCCUGUCCAUUAAAGAUUGAGUCAUUGAUGAUACUGCAUCGAUUGAACUCGUUUUGUUCACUGGAAUUGGAAAUAGGGGGGAUGAGGCGAUGGGAGACCCAAAAGGAGUGGCAUAUGGAAAGAAGACGAAGUGGCUUUGGAGGAAAGGGAAAGGUGCAAAAAUGUUUAUGGAGAACUUUGUAAAGCGAGACAACUUAGUGCAUUUUUCUGAACCUAUAUAUACUUGUUGAACAAAGUGAGACAACCAAAAGAAGGUUCUCUAGGGACGAAGUGGAGGCCCUGAGGUUUAUUAAUAUUUCAGAACAACGAAGUUGUGAAGAGAGAUUUAUAUGGACUGGGCCAUGUGGCAAGAGAGUUCAAACCUUGCUAGUUCUAAGCAUCAACCGCAGUCUACUUUGAGAUUUCCUUGCCAGUGUCAGUCUCUCGGGAGGGCACAGGAUCCUGGUAUUCUUGGUGGGUUAUCAUCGCUUUAGUUGCUUUAUCAUAGUUUUUUCUUUGGCUAUAUUUCCAUAAUACUUAAGGAGAAGCUUGAAAUGAGUUAAUGAAGAUGCAGUUGCUGAAGUGGAAGAGGGAAAUCUCAAGAAUUUCUUUGUUCCCGCACUAAAGACCUAAUGUGGAACAAAUGGGUCAUAUGUCUCUUGAUUACUUCUCCGUGGUACAUUCAAAGCCUACUAUUUGCUAAUCUAGGUGUAUGUGCAGAGAUCCCGUGCCCAUCCAAACUAAGGUGAAAACGUAAAGAAAUCUCCACAAGCAAUUUGUUCUGCAAAUAGAACAUGGUUUUCUCGACGGUGCUCUCAUUCUAUGAUGUUCGCUCUUCUUAUUGUAUUUUUAUCCCUUGUUCUCUGUUUGUCCCUUUCGAUCAAAGCAUUUUCUUUUAAGAAGACUUUGGUUGGAAUUUAUCAUCACUUUCAGGUGAAAGGGGUGAUGAACGAGCGUGUCGAACUACAUACAAAACACGGGGCAGUGAAACAGAUUUGUGUGAAUCUGGAUCUUGCUUGUAGCCUAAGAUAUUGUCGAUAGCAAUGACAGCGACGAACCCAACUUUGAUGCUGCUGGGCCUCCCGAAGAUUUGUUGAGAGAGUAUCCUAGGCGAGUCAGCUGUAUAGGUCUUGUUGAUUUAAUUUUUCUGAUGUUUGUGAAGAUGGGGAUGAGAAGUAUAUGAAUUGGCUUCUGAAAGACUAAACAUGAAUUGUUUUAGUUCGUAAAA